UUAAAGCAAAUGAAGAGUGAAGUCCUGCUCCCUCUCAUGUCAGAAGGGGAUAAAUCAUAUACUCCACUGGGAGAAAAAAAGGAGGCUGUAAUCCCUGUUCUAACUUGACCAGUCUUGUGUUCUGUUUUGUUUUUCCUUCUCAUGCGGAUGCCUUCAGAGUACAUUUUCCUUCUCCCAUGCCUCUUUCAUUCCUCAGGGAGCCAGUGGAUGAAGUCCUCCAGAUUCCCCCUUCGCUGCUGACAUGCGGCGGCUGCCAGCAGAACAUCGGGGACCGCUAUUUCCUGAAGGCCAUCGAUCAGUACUGGCACGAAGAUUGCCUCAGCUGCGACCUGUGCGGGUGCAGGCUCGGAGAAGUGGGGAGACGGUUGUAUUACAAACUGGGCAGGAAGCUCUGCAGAAGGGACUAUCUCAGGCUCUUUGGCCAAGAUGGCCUCUGCGCCUCCUGCGACAAGAGAAUCCGGGCUUACGAGAUGACCAUGCGGGUGAAGGACAAAGUGUAUCACCUUGAAUGCUUCAAAUGUGCUGCCUGCCAGAAACAUUUCUGUGUUGGGGACAGAUACCUGCUCAUCAACUCGGACAUAGUAUGUGAACAGGACAUCUACGAGUGGACUAAGAUCAAUGGAAUGAUCUAGCAAAGACGUGCCUCCUAGUCUAUAAAAGACAUCUCACAGGCGACACUGAUGCAUAGCUGCAGUGAGGAGAUCAUCACUUGAGCUGUGGGCUUUGACUAAAAUGGGGGAGUCGGCCCUUUGCAGGCAGUGCUACGUAGAAUCUAAAGUACAUAUAGGUGCAGAAGGGAGACCGAAGCAAUAGUAGAUAGACUGACUUCUGUUAACAAAGGCGUACGGACAAUAACUGACAUCAGCCAUGUAGGUGAGAGCUGGGAAACAAACACAAUGUGAUAACAAAUUCUUGUAACUGGAAAAACAGUAGGGACUUCUGUAAAGAGAUGUUAUGACUUUGUCCCCUGCAGACUAGGAUUGUGCAAUUGAAUUUUUUUUUUCUGUCUUGUUUUAGUUACUGAGUUUAGACGACAGCUCCUAAUGUAGACACGAGGGAGAAUACUGGAAGAAAGGGGCCAUCAUUUAUGUGGUCAUUCUAUACAGCCUUACACUUCGGAUAGGAGAGAAAGUGGGAAGAGGGGGAGGGUUAUUUUUGCAUGGAAAUUUUUUUUUUCUUUGAGAAUGAACAGUGCAUCCUCUAGUCCCAAACUCUUCUUUAAAAAAAUCCUGCUGAAUAGUUGUUUUCAGGCACUGCUGUUUCAAGAUGAGAUGUUCCACAGAUCAUUUCUAUACAAAUAUAAAUCUAAAGAGUUGUUCAACUAUUUUAUUAACUUAGAAUAUAUCAAUAAAAUAUUUGUUGUGUGUA